ACGGAAAGCUGCCUACAAGCUCAUUAUUUUCACAUUACACUUCUGGUACUCCAGUACAUUUACAUGAUACCUGUAGCCAACCUAUCAAGAAGGCAAUUGUUCAAGGCAAGAUCUUUGUCCUGGCUAGCUAGCUAGCUUGCAGGCCUUGGGUCUGCAGAAAACGAAAAUCUGUAAUAAAGAAUUUAUCCUCUUCCCUACAACACCGGUACCGGUACCGGUGCGUGCGAAUGAAAUGAGUCGAGUCAUGAAUUAUUUAGUCACAAGUGUGAACAAAUAAUGCCUCUUGCUGGCUUGGGUCUUCUGCCUCACAUUUUGACCAAAAUUGAGCUUUCAAAUGCGAACUUUGCACACAACGCGAACAGGACGAAGCAACUAGCGCCCACAAAGCUGCAGAGCAAAGGGUAGCAACCAAGCAACAAGACCAAGGGAAACGACCUUAUGGAUCAUUCCGAACCCAUUAUCGUGCUUGGCAAAAGUAUUGGAUAGCAUGAGAAGCCAAGAAAAUUUUAACCAGAGUCAUCGCAUUAAAAAUCAGAAGCGUAUCUUUUGACAACAAAGCCAACAACCAACAUCCACAUCACCUUGCACACAAAUCAAUCCUCCUCCUCAACAGCACGGUAACUCAAGCCCCUAAUAGUUUUAUUCAGAUUGUCUGACGUCGACCAUGAAAUCUGCUUUCUACUUGGCUCUGCCCCUCGCGGCAACCGUGUUGAAUUUGCUGUUUGCGUCCUUCCUUGUCGUCGUGUUUCAGCCACGCAAAGCCAAUGCACAAGUCAACAUUGAAAAUCUCAGGCUUGGUUUCCGUCCUACCGAGCCGGAACCGUAUCUGACGUUACAAGAAGAAACACGCAAACUGUCGACCGAAGAACAAUCUUGCGUUGAGCCGCAGAACGAAGACGACGAAGUUGAUCCAAUGCUCAAGCCAAUGCCAAUUGACCAACCUCCAUUCUACAAGAACGUCUACACCCGCGCCGAUAUUUCUUCCUUUUAUGGAGAAGAACCGGGAUCUCGUGUCGAGAAAACACCAAGCUUCCAAGGCCAGGCCGGCAAAUUCAUCAACGUUUCGCCACAUCGAAUGGAACUAUACUGGGAAAAUGACAAUGGCGGUCAAUACUUUAUUGGCAAUGUUGGACCCUGGGAGAAUGGUGGCACAGCCACUCAUCCAAACCACAAAUUCUUGUUCAAGCGUCGCGACACCAAAGAAAUUGUUUGUCGAUUCACAAUGAAGAAAGGUGUCUCUCUCUACUACUAUGAUCCAUUUGUGGCACAAGGCGACGAUCGGCAGUUUGUUGCCAAUCAAGGAGUCUUUACCGACGAGGACCAUAUCCCACGGUCUCUUAAAUAUCUUGGUCCACGAGACCGGGAAAACUAUGACGAGCAUAGGUUCAACCUCAAGUUCGCCACCCAAUACCGCAACUUUACUGGUGGUUCUGAAUGGCUCGCUCAUUAUCCAAAAAGUCCUCCACUCCACAAGAUCUGGAGAGCCGACUACUAUGGUCAAGAACACGUCGUCUCUACCUGGGAAAGUCACUUUGAAUCCAUUCCACCUGCCGCUCAAGGUCUGCGCGGUGAAAAGUAUGCUGUAAAGCGAAACAACUCUGCAGACAUUGCAUUCCCUGAAUAUCGAAAGCCGGGACAGAUGAAUAUUACCAUCAAGGCAGUUUCGGCGUCUCCGCGCGCCUUUCAACUCGAUCAUUUCCUUUCAGAUGUGGAAGUAGAUCACGUUCUGGACGUGGUCAAGGGCCGCUACAGUCUGAGACGAUCUACCACUGGCAACAUUGCGGGCAAAGAAGAGUCGGAUGUGUCGGAGACUCGUACGUCCAAGAACACUUGGGUACCGAGAACUGCCAGUCCUAUCUUGGACGCCAUUUACCGCCGGGCAGCAGAUGCUCUUCGUAUCGAUGAAGCAUUGCUAAGGAAAAGAUCUCCCGCCGAGCCGCAACCCCGCGAUAUUUCCGACUUUGGGGCUGACCGCGACGAAUGGCGUGCUUUGGAGCCGAUCAAUGAGCAGAUGCAAAUAGUCCACUACGACCGAACCGAGGAAUAUACAGCUCAUCAUGACUUUGGAUAUUCGGAACGGGCUUCUCGAUCCAUCAAUCUUUGCAUCUACCUGAACGAAGGAAUGGUUGGUGGUGAGACAGCUUUCCCUCGAUGGCGAAAUGCCGAAACCUCCGACUCGAUGAAGAUGGUGCCCGAGAAGGGCAAGGCCAUGAUCUUUUACAUGGUGAAUCCAGAUGGAAACCUCGAUGAUUUGACGCAACAUGCUGCCAUGCCUGUCAUUGAGGGCGAGAAGUGGUUUGCAAACCUCUGGAUUUGGGAUCCUUUCCGUACUUGAGGAGGAUAAGGUACACUGAUUUCAAUGUACCUGUAGUAGUCGGUUGACUCUCAGCAGAAAGCAUCAAGUCUCUUUGUGGGGCCUGAAUCAUACAGAUAUACAUGUAGAUAUACAUAUAGAUAUACAAUUCCUAUUC